AUUGCAAUAUUUACUAAAAAUCUGUACAUAUAUAAACUGUAUAAAAAUAGAGUUAAGCCUUAUAAAUAACUAGACAUGCGCUAAAAUGUGGAUUGCAUGCAAUAUUCAGAUCGAUCAAAUUACUUCGAGGAUAAAGUAUUAUUUUCCUAGAAGAUUUGAAGAUGAAUUAAGGCAUUACCCACGAAAUAUUUCGGAGUAUCAACUUUUCAUUUUUUUUUAAUUACUUCGUUGGAUAGCUGCGUUCACAGCCCACCUAGUGUUAAACGGUUACCGGAGCCCGUAAACUUCAACAACUCAAAUGCCGCCACCCACCUUAAGACAUGAGUUUGAAAUCAGUUUUUACAAUACAACGGCUGUCCCACUCUUCAAGCCGAAAUUCAUUAUUGCUUCACGGUAGAAAUAGUUAGUGCGGGCUCACAAGACGCCCUACCACCAGUAAAUUAUGUUUCAUUUAUCUUCUCUAAUCUGUCCAGGCUACGCCUAUUAUUGUAUUUUUUCGACCGUUCUUUAAAUUUUUUUACUCUAGCAACAAAAUUAUCGAAUUGUUUUUCAAUUUUCCAGUAAAAUUUUGACGUUGCUACAACUUGCUCGUUCAUAUCUAGUUUUACCAAUGUAGAGCUUAAGGUUUUCUCAAAAUGUCCGUAAUUUAAGUAACAUCUAUUUAUUUAAACGGAAUACAUCUUAAAUGACGCCCACGAAGACCACUAAAACCGAAGUAGAAAUGGUGAUACGGAACAGAAAAACAGUUAUGAAAGACGGGAUAAUGACAAUGUCUGGAAUCGGCGAGCCUUCUGUUUUUCACGCUCUGGUCGUUAUUUUUUUGGAGUUUUUCGCGUGGGGCUUGCUCACUAUGCCGAUAAUAUCGGUACUGAACGCGACCUUUCCCGACCACACGUUCCUGAUGAACGGAUUGAUCAUGGGAAUCAAGGGCAUACUGUCUUUCCUCUCCGCGCCACUCAUCGGAGCCCUGUCGGACGUGUGGGGCCGCAAGUUCUUUCUGUUGGUGACGGUAUUCUUCACAUGUGCCCCGAUCCCGCUCAUGACUAUCAAUACCUGGUGGUUCUUCGCGAUGAUCAGCAUCAGCGGAGUGUUCGCGGUCACGUUUUCGAUAGUGUUCGCGUACGUGGCUGACGUGACGACCGAAGCGGAGCGGUCUCGCGCGUACGGCCUCGUCUCCGCUACGUUUGCGGCUAGUCUAGUCAUAUCACCCGCUUUGGGUGCCUACCUUAUGGAUUUGUAUGGAGAGUCCCUCGUCGUGGCUGCCGCUACCGCUGUUGCUGUACUGGACGUGUUCUUUAUUAUGGUCGCGGUGCCUGAGAGCCUCCCAGAGAAAGUGAGACCAACCGGCUGGGGCCCUGUCAUCAGCUGGGAACAAGCAGAUCCUUUUGCUGCACUGAGGAAAGUUGGUGCUGAGCGCACUGUGCUCAUGCUAUGUGUGGCAGUAUUCCUCUCCUAUCUGCCUGAAGCUGGACAGUACUCAUGCAUAUUUGUUUACUUGAAACUAGUGAUGGGUUUUGGUGUAGUGCAAGUGGCCAUAUUUAUUGCUAUUGUUGGUGUUUUGAGCAUCGGAGUGCAAGUUAUUCUUGGAUUUUUGAUGAAGUCUCUGGGAGCAAAACACACAAUAAUGGUGGGACUAUUGUUUGAGAUGCUGCAAUUGAUGUGGUAUGGAUUUGGCAGUCGUACGUGGAUGAUGUGGGCUGCCGGUGUGUUAGCCGCACUUGGUUCCAUCACAUACCCAGCGAUCAGUGCUUAUGUGUCAGUAAACAGCCGUGCAGACCGACAGGGAGUUGUACAAGGCAUGGUAACUGGAGUCCGUGGACUUUGUAAUGGCCUGGGUCCAGCCAUGUUUGGAGUAAUCUUCUAUCUCUUCCAUGUAGAUUUAAAUGAAGGUCAUAACAAAACUGGUAGGAUUCCUGAAGAGAGGCAUGCAUUACUGGUUCCUGGGCCACCAUUCGUUUUGGGUGCAUUACUCGUCAUUUGUGCAUUGCUGGUGACCGCUUUCUUACCUGAGGAGGAUUCAAAUGGAAGACGUGCACCAGCCGAUCUCCGAUUCGAGAUGGAGCGUGGGCGGCGUGUUGCUGGCCCUCUGUCUCCGCUCAUGGCGCCCGAAUCAGCAGCACUCUAGCCGGCGGUCCAGGCGGGGCGCGCCGCCAGCGUGUAACUCGCCGACGCUCCUGUGAGUGAACUCCUGUGAGUGUUUCUUUACCAACCUCGACAUAUUGCAGGGCUCCUACGUUACGGUAGAGAGUUGAUCAGCUUAGUCUGUUGCGUGUUUCCUAAGCUUUAUAUGAGUUAAUAAAAUAAAUGAAAGUGAACUUAAAAACAUGUGAAUAGUUUAAGUCACUCAUAAAAUUUGAGCAUUUAUGAUUAUGAGCUGAGCAUCACAUGAUUAGAAGCUGAAGUAUUUAUUAACUUUAAGUAUUUGUGUCAAAAUGAGUAACGCUCAGAGCUGGUAAACAUUAUUUAAGGUGUUGUAUGUCCACAGUGGUUGAACAUUAUUUAAAUUGUCAUGCCAUUGUCGUAUAUGGUGCACGGUGUGAUAAUUUAAAUUAUAUGCAAAGCAUAUAAAUUUAGUAUCGUAAGGUAAAGAAAAACACAAUCUUCUGUAUGAUAUGUCCUGUCCAAUUUAGUAUUUUAUUAUGUGUAAAAGUAAGUAAUUAAUAGUUGAUAAAUAAAAAGCUAUAUUUUAAAA